GGGGAGGGCAAUAACAUCACGAGCGCGCUCGUGGAACAGAUGCGAGGGAAAAUCGCGGAAGGCUUAGAGGCUGACGCGGUGGACGUGCGAGACGAGAGCGGGAACGCGCGACACGUGUCGAUCAAAGUCGUGUCCAAGGCGUUCGAGGGGAAGAGUUCGGUGAAUAGACAACGCAUGGUGUACAAGUGCAUUUGGAUGGAACUGCAAGACCAAGUGCACGCGGUGAACGAAAUGGUGACGCUGACGCCGGAGGAAGCGUCG